AUGGCACCCCCACAACAGAUUAAACAAUGGUUGACGGGACAGGACGGGUUGGAUAAGCUAAGAAUGGGCGAAGCCGAGCGCCCUCAGCCAGGAGAGAACGAGGUGCUUGUCGAGAUUCUCGCUGUGAGCUUGAACUAUCGCGACACUGAAGGUACGCGCUUUCACAACGUUCUGCGAAAAUCCUACCAUGUGACAGAACCAAUAUCGUAUCAAGUCGUGAUGGGUCUCUACAAUCAUCACAAGUCCGUCGAACAUCCGCCCGCGCUCGUUCCGUGUAGCGACAUGUGUGGAGUCGUGAUAGCAGUUGGGCCGCAGUCUCCCAACGCCUCCGAUCCCUUCACCAACCCGGCUUUCCAACUCGAAGUUGGUGACCGAGUAAUCAGCACGUUUGCGCCCACCCAUUUGUCCGGUCAGGUACAAGCAAAGGACGUUGGCAAUGGAUUGGGAGGCCCUCAACCGGGUGUUUUGACGGAAUACCGUGUAUUUCCCACAUACGGUGUUGUCAAAGUGCCAGAAUAUCUAAGCGCCGAAGAAGCCAGCUGCCUCCCGAUCGCUGCCAUGACCGCAUGGAUGAGUCUAAACGGAUUGCGACCCAAAGGCGAGAUAGUUGGCGCUGGCGAGACCGUCCUGGUUCAGGGUACGGGAGGCGUGAGCAUUGCUGGAUUGCAAAUCGCAUCCGCAGCCGGUGCUUCGGUGAUAGCAACAUCUUCCAGCAAUGAGAAGCUCGAACGCGCCAAGACCAUUGGUGCUUCAACUCUCAUCAAUUACAAAUCUUCGCCCGAGUGGGAAGCUGAAGUCCUCAAGGCAACUUCGGACGCAGGUGCCGACAUCAUUUUCGAAGUUGGCGGUGCCAAAACUUUGCGUCAAUCCUUCGACUGCAUUAAGUUUGGCGGAACCAUUGCUUGCAUUGGAUACCUCUCUGGCAAAGUAGAUGAGGGCACAGAUAGGACCAACACCAAUUUGCUGUGUCUGCGACGAAAUGUCACGCUGAAGGGAAUCUUGAAUGGACCUAGAGAUCGUCUGGAGGAGAUGCUCAAAUUUUACGAGCAGAAACAAAUUCGACCAGUGGUGGAUAAGGUUUUCAGUUUCGAGCAAGGCAAGGAUGCAUUGAAUUACCUGUUCAGCGGCGGACACUUCGGAAAGGUGGUCGUCCGUGUGAAAGCAUAAAUUCUGGGGUUGGUGACAUACGACUUGAUUUCCAACACGUAAUGCAAACAUUGAUCAACGACUUCCCCGGAAUAUGCAGUAAGCUGCGACUCCACGCCAUUCCUUAUUUUUGACUCGCGUGUCUCUCCAUGUUGGAGUGAUAUGCGGGGAGAGAUUGUUUGUGCUUUCUGGGGAUCGAUCGCAGACGCAAGAAGCAUUGACAUGUAUUACCCAAUUUCAAGCCCAAGUGACCAAUGGCGGGCAACUUCUGUGUCAAGUUUUGCUCCCAUGUUGUAUACUGACGUGCGGGGUGCAGAUUAUGUUGUGGGGAUUUUUCAGUCAGUAACGUACUUAGUGCUUCGUGUGCCGCGCAUACAACAACGACGGAUCUCGGCAUCUAGCAAUAAC